AUGAUUUUCAAUAUUUUCUAUUAACUUUUGUUAAUCCAAUUAUGUAUAAUAAGGGGUUCAGAAAUUUCCAAAAGAUGCGUUUGUGGGCAUGUUCAAAAUUAAAAAGACUGCAAAAACUCUGGGUUUUGCAUCUGGUAGAGUGAUUAGUGUAUUUUAAAUCCAAAUCAAUCAUACAAUUCAGAGGUUAAUAAUUAGAAUCACUGCAAAAGCUAUGCGUAAGAAGAUUGUAGAGAAUAAGAAUAAUGCGGUUUUUACUUUGGUUUAUGUAUUGAUUUCGUAGACUGCAGUAAUUUUGAUAAAGGUAAUUGUUAAGAAUCGUCAUAUAAAUGUGUUUCUGAUGGUCAAAAGUGCGUGGAAAUGAAAGAUUGUAGUGAUUAUAAAACGUAGCAUGCAUGUGCGAAUAAAAAUAAGCAUGGUAAGUACUGUGUUUGGAUUGGAGAAUUAGAGAAAAAAUGUAGAAAUGUCACAACGUGUGAGGAAUUGCCUCUAUAUUUAGCCAAUCAUACCGCGUGUAAAUCAGGUCUUGACGGAUGUACAAUAAGGGAGAAUGGCAGUGGAUGUAUAGAGUAAAUGGAGUCUUGUACAUAAUAUAUUAAUAAUUUUUAAUGUAUUGAAAGUAGAUAAAAACAAAAUAGUUGUUUUUGGAAUUCAAAAAAUAACAAUUGUGUUGAAAAAGCAUGUGAAAAUCUUCCAUUUACUUAUGAUUAUGAAUGUAAGUUAUAUUUAGGUGAAUGUACAACAAAUGGAGUUCAUUGUGUAAUGAGGAAGUAGUGUAGUGAUGCUUAGAACAAAUUGGGUUGUGUGACGGAUGCUUAGGGUAAAAAAUGUGAAUAUCAUUAAAAUCAAUGUAAAAUCAAGAGCUGCAGUACUGCUCCAGAAUCACUAACUAAUUAUAGAUAAUGCCAAGAUUAUGACAAUCUAUUAGAUUGUGUUACUUCAGAAAAUAAAGGAUGUAAAAUUCGACCUUAAUCAUGUGAUGGCUAUGUUUAUGAGACGGACUGUAACUCAUUAGAAUAUUAAGAUUGUAUAUGGUAUAAAGAAAAAUGCGAAUAAAGAUAAUGUUAUCAUGCUCCAGUUCAUUAUACUCAUAAAGAUUGUUCAGCAUAUGGGAAUUGUAUUGGAAAAUUAAAUGGAGGGUGUUAAGCAGCACCUUAAUUAUGCGAAGAGAUAUUGGAGGAAUAGUUUUGUGAAUUAAACUCUAACAAAGAAAGGUGCAUCUGGCUUGAAGGUAAAUGUGAAUUAUUAGAAUGUAAGAAAUUGAAAAUGCCAAACUACAAAAGUCAUAAAAUAUGCUAACAGGCAAGUUAAUACUGCACAUUUAAUUUAGACUAUUUAGGUUGUGCAGAUUAUUUGUGUGAAAAUGUUUUAGAGAUAGAAUAUUGUACAAUUGAUUCUACUGGUACAGUCUGCACAGCGAAUUAGGGUUGCAUAGAGAAAAAAUGCAAGACUGCUCCUCCAUCUUAUGAUACAAAUUCAAAAUGUGAAGAGUGGAUGCCACAAUGUACGGUUAAUAUAUAAAUGUUAUCAAAAUAAAAAAUUUUGAUUGGGUGCACAGAUAAAAAGAGCUCUUGUGCUCUUGCAGUUCAAGAUCAAUGCUACACUACACUUUCAGGACUUUUGUGUAAAUGGGAUGGAGGUAGUUAACAAUGCUUUGGUUAACUUUGUAUUGAUGCAGAUCCUAGCUUGUAUUAACAAAAUGAGGAUUGCAAUUCAUUUAAAGUUUUAUAUGGACCUUGCAUUAUAGGACCUUCUGGAGUUGGGUGUUAACAAUGGCCCACUAAUUGCAUUGAAAUGAUGAGUCAAUAGCAGUGUUAAUUGAAUCUAAAAGAUAAAACGAAGUGUUUUUGGACUGGUACUAAUUGUAAGUAAUAAUAAUGUUCAGAUGCUCCUAAAAUGAAUUACACCAAUAAUGUUGAAUGUAACAGCUGGUUAAAUGAUUGUAUUUUUGAUCAUCUUCUGGGCGGAUGCAAAGACAGAAUUAAUCCAGUUGAUUGCUCAUCUUCUCCUAACAUUAGCAUGUAUAAUAAUCAUCAAGAAUGUUAAGCAUGGAAUCCAAAAUGUACUGUAGUUUCCUCUUUUACUGCUGAAGGAUGUGAAAUAAAAAAAGCAACUUGUUAUGAGUUUAUCAGGCAAAGGAAUUGUAAGACAACUCUAAACGGCUAAUUAUGUUAUUGGGAUGAUAAAGAACAAAAGUGUAUGAAUGAGGACUAAGAUAUAAAUGGAGUUCCUGAUUGUCAGAAGAGACUUUAUGGAGACAUAUCUCACCAGGAUUGUGAAGACUUCUUGCCUAAAUGUACAAUAAAUAAUAUUGUUAAAACUUGUUAAGAUCUUGCAUUAAAUUGUGAUUAUAGAUAUAAACAAUAAUGCAAUAUUACUUAUGAUUAGCAACCUUGCAAAUGGGAUAUUUUGAAUUAGCAAUGUAAGGAUAUGGUAUGUGCUGACAAUACAACUGCUUAAACAGAGGCUGAAUGUUUAAUGUUUAGGAGGUUUAACUAAUGUCAAUUGAAAAUUAAGUCUAAUGGAACUUAUGGACCUGGUUGUGAAAAUAGACCCUCAUCUUGUGAGAGUAUUACAGAUCCUGUGAUCUGUAAAUUAACUCUUACGACUGAAGAUGACAAAUGCUAUUUUUAUAAUUCUAGAUGUUAAGUAGUACCAUCAUCAUAAUGCGAAGUAAUAAAUGAAAGUAAAAGUAAUGAUCUUUGUUAAUUAUAUAAUACCAGUUGUGUUCUUCAAUCCAGUGGAUAGGGAUGCUAUUCUAUUUCUUCAUGUUAAGAUUAAUCGAAUAAGACUUGUAAUAAUGCAAUCAUUAAAAAUAAUUAUAGAUGCAGUUUUUCAAAUUAAUGUAAUUAAGACAAUAGCUGCUAGUACAAAUAUCUUUCUUAUAGUAAUUGUGAUGGUUAGAAAACAUAGUUUGGACAAUUAUGUUAUUUCUAGUAUUCAUGCUCAACUUGCAAUAAUUAUUGCCGAACAUAAACAGCAUAAAAAAGCUAUACUUUUCUUUAUUCAGCAACCCUCACAGACAAAAGGAUAAAAUGUUAGGACUACUCAUCAUCAUACAAGUAUGAUACAACUUGUAAUUGCUGUUUAUCAAUGACAUCAUGCAGUUAGCAGGUAGGUUCAUAAUCUCUUUGUAAUUCAUCAACUAAUAAGGAUGGAGUUUAAUGUGGAUAUAAUUCAUUGACUUAUAGUUGCGAGGAAAGAAAAUGUGAGCAUUUGACUUCCAAUUAAACCAUUUCAUAAGAAAUUUGCUUUAAUUGGAAAUACGAUUGUGUUUAUAAUGUUACUGGUUGUAAGACAUUCACAGGAGAUUGCACAACUAUUAGUAUUAUUUAACAAUGUUAUUCUCAUUCAUGCUAUUGGUAAGAUGGUAAAUGCGUAAACCAUGUUAAUUGUGAUAUUAACACAACUGCAGUUACAAAUUGGGAAUGCUUAUUAAGUAAUAGCACAUUCUGUAGAUUAAAUUAUAUUUCAGGUUAAGGAUGUGCUUUUAGUUAUUGCAGUUAAAUUAAUGACUCCGCUAUUUGUAGUUCAGCUAAGAUUGCUAAUGGCGAAAAAUGUAAAUGGGCCUUUAGUUUGUGGAAAAUGUCUUACAUUUGCACAAACAUAGAAUGUUCAGAGUUUACAAAUUAAUUUGAUUGUGAAAACAGCUAUGGUUAUAUUUCGCCUGUUGCCACAAAAUGCUAUUGGUGCUCACUUUACAGUACUAAAUGUUCUAAUUCUAAAUAUUGUAGUACAAGUAGCAUGACCUCACCUAAAUCGCAUUAGGAUUGCAACGAUUAUUCUUUCUAAUAAACAAUCAAUGCCACAUGGAGCCAGAAGUGCAUAGUGAAAUAAUAUUAAUGUGCAGAUUAUCAAUAUAAAGAUGCUUGUGUAAAUACGAUAGAUAAUAUGGAUUGUAUUUGGUACUCCAAUGCUUGUAUAAAUUAUUGUAAAGCUGCAGUUCAUUAUUUAUCGACCUGGACACAUUCAUCAUGUCGUAUUUGGAAGGAUUAUUGUAUGUCACUGAAUAACUUAGAGUGUUAAAUUCUUGAUUGCUCAUAGCUAACAAACAUUACAGACUGUACCAUUUUUACUACAAGAUGUUUUUGGGAUGGUUUGGUCUGUUAAAGCAUUGGUAAUUGUAGCAAGUACUCUAAAGACAUCUAGUGCUCAAGUACAAGUAAUUCAUAAGGUAUCCCUUGUUUUUGGGAUGGUACGACAUGCUUAGAAAAAACAUGCUCAAAUAAGCCAACAACCUCACUCAAUCAAGCAGAAUGUAAUAGUUGGCUAAUUAAUUGUUAAUAUAAUAGGGAUAAUAAUCGAUGCUUUGAGGAUUGCACUUAUGCAAAUAUUUCAAAUAACACCCAUUAACUAUGUGAAUCCUAUUAUUUAAAUAAGAGUUGCACUGUACAACUAGAUUUAAUUAAAUGUGUAGACCUUCCAUUUUCCUGUUCUUUAGCUAAGAAAACUUAAUGUUAUAUAGACAAAUUUGGAAAUGAAUGCUUCUUCUUAGUUUCAUCAAAUCAGUGUGUCAAUUUAACAUGCUCAAACUUGUAAGCGUCAUAUACAACACAUAUAAAAUGUAACUCAAGAUUAAGAUCUUGUACAGUUAACUCAAAUUUGGAUGGAUGCCAAUAAUUAAAUGUUUGCAGUAGUUAUUCAAUCAAAGAAUAAUGUUAAAUUGAUUUAGAUAAUGUAGAAUGUUAAUGGAUGAUGAGUUAAAAUAAAUGUACAAUAAAGAACUGCUCAACUGCACAAUUACCCCUAUAUUCAGCCUAUAGUUGUCAUUAGUAUUUUGGAAAUUAGUGUACUGUAAAUGAAAGCUUGGAUGGAUGCAAGUUUGGCCAACCAUUGUGCAUGAACUAUACUUAUAAUUAGUGCAAAAGUGAAGGGCAAACGAAUUUAAGCGGAGUAAACUGUUUCUGGAAUGAGGAGAAGAGUAUUUGCUAAGAGAGGAUUUGUGAGAAUGGGCCUCCACUUGCCCAAUCUCAUUCUGAAUGUAUAGGGUUUCUCCCUACUUGUUAAAAAGGUGGUUGCCGUAUAAAAGAGUGCUAUGAUUAUAAUUAUGCUAUAGAUUCAGCAUGUGCUUCAAUUUUUGAAAGCAAGAGAUGUGUGACUAAUGGAUAUCAAUGUGUUUUACGAAAAGCUUGUGAGGAUGUUGGUGUCAUAGAUGGCUGUACAUUUGAUAUCAAUCUCAAUCUUUGCAUUUGGAUUAAUGGCCAAUGCUAUACAAAAACUUGUGAAAUUGCGCCAAUUUCUCUUACAUAACAUUUGGAAUGCAAUGUAUAUUUUCCAAUUUGCACAACUAAAGAAGGAGGGGGAUGUACUAAAAAACAAGAUUGUCAAAAUUAUUAAAUAAAAGAAGCCUGCUAUACAGAUAGUGAAAGUGUAGAAUGCAUUUGGGAUGAUACUCUAAAUUAAUGUUUUUCCAAUCAAUGCAUCGAUUUCUGUGGGGAUGGCAUUGUAUCUAGUAAAGAAGAAGAAUGUGAUGAUGGUAAUUAUUUACCCUACGAUGGCUGUUAUAAAUGCCAAGUAUAGUGUCCAUAAGGGUGUAAUAUUUGUAAUGGCCCUAUAUGUGAAGAUUGUUAUUUGGAAGGGUGGGUAUUGAUUAACGGUAUUUGUAAUUCAUUUUGUGGGGAUGGUUAUAUAGUUGGGAAUGAAUUUUGUGAUGAUGGAAAUUAGGUUGAAUACGAUGGAUGUUAUCAAUGCUCCUAUUCUUGUCACUAAAAAUGCCUUAAUUGCUUCUAAGGUUUAUGUUUACUUUGUGAGAAUGGAUACUAAGAAAAUUAAUCAUAAUGUCAUACUGUUUGUGGGGAUGGUUUUCAUGUAAAACUGGUAGAAUAAUGUGAUGAUGGGAAUAAUUAGAAUGAUGAUGGGUGUAGUGAUAUUUGUUAAGUUGAAAGCAAUUGGAAAUGCUAAUAAGAAAAUAAUAUUAGCUUAUGUAAUUAUAGUAUUCAACCAAAAAUUUCACUUACUAAACUCUCAAAAACAAACUUGGAUAAUCAAGAAUUUCAAUUAUCAUUUAGUGAAAACGUGCGUUUGAACAUUAAUAACAUUAGUGAUGAAUAAUUUAUAUAGAUGAUUGUUGUUGUUAUUGAAAAUGCUAAGGAUAACGAAUAUGAUAUUGAAAUCAAACCCAUGAUUUCAAUUACUUCUAUAUUGAACGAUGUAUCCUAUAAGAUAUUGGUCUAUUUUAAAAGGAGCAUUUUUAAUCCUGUGUUAAAAGUAACGCUAAGAUGUGAGAAUAUAGUAAAUGUUUAGGACAAUACUUUACUCUCUAAAGAAGCAAAGUUAGUAUUAUCAUCUCCUAACAAAAUGUCAAAUGAGCAUAAAUCCCUUCUUCUUAAAACAGCUCUACUCAGUCGAAUUGUGAUGUAUAUCAUCCUGGUUGUGAGUGCUAUAGCUUUUUUCGCUGGCAAUUUAGAAAUUUUAUGGAAUCUUCUAGAUAUGCUUUAAUAAUUAUCAUAUUUAAAAUUUCACAAUCUACAUUUCCCAGAAAACUUGUUUAUCUACUUUGAAAUAUUUACUAUUAGUUCUUUUGCUCCCAUAAUAAAUGGUUUAUAAACGGAUAAGUAUUUAGAAGAGUUAUUUGAUUUCAAAAUUCCAAUCAUACCAGCUAAAUGGAAAUUUGAAUACUAUUAAAUCAAUUGUUAUUUUUUGAAUAACUUGUAAGCACUUGUCACUAUAUUUGUAUUUGGAUUUGCUUAUUUUUUUUCCUCAUAUUUCUUCUAUAAGUUCCUUGUUCUUAUUAAUUACCAAUAUUGGCCAGCUAUUUUUAAUCAAAGGUAAUCGUAACAUCUCUUUAAAAUUGUCAGAUUUAUUUUUUUCUUAUAAAGAUUGGCCAGAAAAUAAUAUCAGUAUUUCAUUUACUCUGGAUUAAUCAGAAUUUUUACUUCUAACUUUUAUGAAAUAACAUUUGCAGCUAUUUUAUAAAUUGCCAAUUACAAUACUGAUACUACUUUAAAUAGAACGAUCUCAUUAAUAGCACUAAUUACAUUACAUGUGAAUCUAUUCUUGAUAGCUUUUUUUUUUUCUUAUCUAGCCAAAAAAGACAAAGUCCCAAAGAUAUUAUCAGUUUUAGUGGAAGGAAUUAAUAAUAAUUGUCAGUAAGGAUCUAAAUAAUAUUUUACUAUAUUGCUGAUUAAAAAAACUUUAUUCAUUAUUAAUUUAGUUGUGUUUUAAGAACUUUUGGCUGCUUAAAGUAUAAUUACAGCUUGUUUAUCAGGAGCAUUUUCUUGUUAUAUUUAUAUUUAUAAACCUUUUGAGAACAAUUUUGAAAAUACUAAAAUAUUCAUCACAGAAAUUCUGAUCAUGCUUAAUCUAAUACUCUUUUCUGCUUAUGAUAUUAUUAAAUUUAAUUAAAGCAACUACUCAGCUGAACUUUUAGGUUGGAUUAAUGUAGGUGGUUUCACUUUAAUUCUUAUUCUCACUUUAGCUAUUGAUGUCUACCAACAAUUAUAUAAAUAUAUAGAAAAAUGUAGAGAGAAGUUUAGAAUUAAUAAGAAUUAAGUUUGA